CAAACGCGUCAGGUGUGUAUGUAGCGGCAAAGUAGACGUUAAGUAUUCCUUGAGGACCAAACUGUAGAGUUAGAGCUCACCAUGGAUAACAGUGAAUCUUUAGAGAAACUCUAUGCAGAGUCUUUGAAAAACGACAAUACUUUUAUGAUUGAGACUACUGUGGUUACAGGUUUUGAAUGGGAAGCCUACGAUGAGUGUAAGGAAAAAUUUGGCAAAGAUAUGCAGGCGAUCAAACGACGCGGAAGACUUUACUUUAACAUAGAUUGGGACCAAUUCGCAAAAGUUCAGGAAAUGAGAUCAAUAGAUAACAUAUUCAUAAUAGGUGACAUGAUAACUUUUGACACAUUUGAAAAUAACAAAGAAGCAGACUUGCAAAAAAUUAAAGACCAUGUACACAAAAGUGUGCAUUUAGAGAAAGCUAUGAAUGCAUGGAAAAGUGCAACAAAUUUCUUGGGAAAGAUUUAUCCGACAAUUGAAGAACAUGCUGCAGAAAAAGAGAAAGCUUUAGCAACUAAAGUGGAGGAAUUAAAGAUGAGUAAAGAAAAAGAUCCGCUUGAUUGGGAUUGCAGCGAAUUAGAGACACCUAAAGGAAAGAAAAGGGGACAAGAUCCUUCUGAAUCCAAGGAAGAUGAUGUACUAAGAUACAGAGUAACAUGUGAGAGAAGUGGCAAACAUGCUUUUGAGUCUAAGGAUGUUGCUAUGGUUAUUGGAGGAGAAUUGCAAGACAAAUAUCACUGGAUGGUUGAUCUUUCUAUGUACCAUCUAGAAGUUGUCUGCAAAUUAACAGAUGGUGAAUUGUUAAUGCAUUUACGCGUGACACACGAAUCCAAGCACUGCAGAAACAUUGUUAACUUUGGGCCUACCACUCUCAGAUCAACUAUAUGUUACAGCAUGCUAAGACUGGCAAAUCCUAAGUUAGGAGAUAUAGUAGUAGAUCCCAUGUGCGGAAGUGGCUCUAUUCCUAUAGAGGCAGCAUUAGCUUUCUCACACUGCUAUGUCCUGUGUGGCGACAAUCAUCCUAAAGCUGUGGAAAAAACAAAAUCUAACAUGGAUGUCUCGACAACUGGAUGUAAAAUUGAUCUCGUACAGUGGACUGCUGCAACAUUGCCAUUCAAGAAUUCCUUUAUUGAUAUUAUCGUUACUGAUAUGCCUUUUGGUAAAAGAAGUGGAAAUAAAACAUAUAACAAAAUUCUCUACAAGAAAUUUCUGAUGGAACUUGGACGAGUCGUAAAAAUAACAUCUGGACAAUUGGUUUUGCUUACCUAUGAUAGAACCAGCUUUAAAGAAGCUCUACAGAUAGUAGGUAAAUUAUUCUGGGUGUCUAAAACGGUUGGUGUAAACGUAGGAGGUCUUCACGCUGUAGUUUAUGUUAUGAAUCGUACAAACUUGCUCUAUGAACGUUUCAAACCAUCAACCGCCAAACAGUAUAAUUUUCCGAAAAAAGAGAAAAACUCAUCGACUAAGUUAGGAGCUUCAAAUAAGACUUAAACUAUUCUGUAGUUCAUAACUGUAGUUUUUACCUAGUCUAUAAGUUUCAAGUGUGUGAUAUGCAUUCAUAUUUUUAUAUGAAAAAGUUAAUAGAAUUUAUUUGGCAUAUAA